AAUUUAGUCGCACUCUAGACUUCGCAGAGGAUAGACGAGUAACAAGUUACUAGAGUACUACGCCAUACGCAUUGGAUAUUUCGACAUAACAACAUUGUGAUAGUGAAAAAAAUAUUUUAAGACGUGUAAAGUGGGUGCAUAACAUUUUAUUGUAACAUUUGAAGCACUAGAAACUAUACCGAAGACUGUUUUGUGAUUUGCUGUUUAUUGUGAAAUUAUGACAUUGUUCUCAAAAUUUGGAUAAUUCCCGAUAAGGAGUACAAAAUUGCCGCAAAUAUUUUUAACCACAGCGAAGAUCCCUGCGGGCCGGGCGUCGUCCGCCGCAACAUGGUCGCCGAGUUCAUACUGAGUCAGCAGCAGCUGCUGGGAGCGGGCGGUGCAGCGCUGGGGCCCCUGCCUGCCCCCGCGCGCAUCCCCCCGCCGCCCCGCGCGCGUCUCUCCGUGUCCCCCCACUUCCCCAUGGAUCAGCCACCGCCCGCUGCCGGCAGCCCCGAUGACGGCGACUACGGGAACUACGACUUCAACAAGCGCAAAGACUUCUUCGGCCAGCGCAAGCAGAGGGAGUUCAUCCCCGACAACAAAAAGGACGACGGCUACUGGGACCGUCGGCGGCGCAACAACGAAGCCGCGAAACGCUCGCGCGAAAAGCGUCGCUUCAACGACAUGGUGUUGGAACAACGCGUCGUUGAACUCUCCAAAGAGAACCACGUUCUGAAAGCGCAGUUGGACGCCAUUAAAGAGAAGUAUGGCAUCUGUGGGGAGACACUGAUUAGUAUAGAUCAAGUGUUGGCAACGCUGCCGACGUGCGACCAGGUGCUGUGUGUGACCAAGCGCAGCAAACUGUCCGGUGGGGCGCUAUACCCACCUGCGCCGCCGCCGCCGCCGCCCGCAGCUUCACCGCCGUCGCCCCCGCGCGCGCCUGAACCCUACCCCGAGCGGCUUCCAGCCCCCGAGUACUACCCGCACCCUGCGCACUACGAACCCCCUGGCUCCGUGUUGAACCUGUCGCGCUCACGUCGCGCGCCUUCGCCCUACGAACUGUCAUCUCUCUCUGGGUCAGGCGACGAGACAGCCGAGCAAUAUGCGCCAGAGAACAACGGCUUACCACUGAAGCUCCGCCACAAAUCCCACCUCGGCGAUAAGGACGUAGCCAGCGCUCUGCUGUCCCUCCAACACAUCAAGCAAGAGCCAGGUCCGCGGUCGUCGCCGUCAUGGGACGGGGAAGGCUCGAGCGACGAGCGAGAUUCCGGCAUCUCCCUGGGCGCCGAGUACCGACCACCACGCACUGACGAGCGCCUUGCAGAGGAAGAAGACGCGCAUCUGAAAGCGGAGCUAGCGCGGCUCGCGACAGAGGUGGCCACUCUCAAGAACAUGAUGCAUCAGAACAAGACUCGCGCGAUGGAGCACUGAACCUGCUCUGUGUGCUUCACCCCGCGACCACGUCGCUCGUACAAACGUCUCAACCUGCCCUCAGUAGUCAAGUUACCACGUAUAUGAUGUAGUGCAGCUGUCAGACUCCCUCCUAGACGAUAUCGUGGACUCGUGUGAGACUCAUUCGGUUUAAAGACUUUUCGAGCAGAGAAAACUUAUCUACUCAGUGAUAGAUUUUAAUAAUGAUGCAUUUUUAGUGGUGAGCUACGUGUAAUGUAUGUGUAAUAUAAUAUGUAAGCGCAGUAGAUCUGUUUCAUCUCUUCGAAGACUCCGUAGUGAAUCGAUGGCUAAAGACUAUUUCUCUCCUAAGUUAGUGUUAAGUCGAUCUAAGUAGAAUUAAGUCAUUCUUAGAUGUUUAUUUAUAAUGUUUAAAUGUAUAGUCUUUCUCGUUCGGAAUACCGCUGAGUUCCAAACCAAAAAAAUAUAAUUGAUGAAAUCGAUCUUGUAGCUAUCGAGUUAUUGCAAAUUCAUGAUAAUGUUAAUAUUUCCACUUGUUUGUAAUAUUGUUCAGAGUAUUGAGUAAUCAGAAAAUAAGGAUACCAGUGCCUUUAACAAUACAUACCUACCUACCUUAAAUAGCUACCUAUUAAAAUAAUAUUUUUGUACAUUUGUUAGAAAAAUCGUGACGAUUUCAAUUGUCUAUACCGUAAGUGGCCCCUACCAUGAGUCCAGCUGUGCGAUACAAUCGCGUUGCCUGUAAAGUAUUCGAGUCGUCCUAAAACCGAUAGCAUGGCGUAUCACUCAUUUUUUAUUUCGCCUCGCAUCUAUUUUUCGAGUUGGACGCAUGGUUGGGGACUUGUAUCAAAUCCUAAUUAGGCUCGAUGGAAGUAUUCGAUGUGUAAAUUGUAAGUACUCCUAUUGCCCACAGGGCGUGUGAUAGGGACUGAAGGAGUUAUAAGUAUUUAUUUAUUCGGACAGUAAGAGAGGAUUUUACAAUUUAUUAUCUUUGUAUAAGAAAACACUAUACGAUAUAAAUAAAUUGUGUACAUUACAAAUAAACAAA